UUUCCAAAGUAUGAUAUUUGACAAAACAAUCACCGAUAUGUUGAUAGUUCUGGGAAUAGUCCUAACUUUCGAAUACAGUUCUUUUGUACCAAUGUUAAUGGAAUUCGAAAAUUAACCGGAAGUUCUAGUUUUUCUAAAUUUUCAGUUGUCAAACCACCAUAAUAGGGCAAAAUUUCCCCAUCCACUAAUACGUAAACUCUUAUACACUACUUAGUACGUUUUUUUGGAUUAUACGUUAUGAAUGCAAUUUUUUCCUUUGAAUUUGACUACUGAUCCAUACAAAUAUCUUUACCAGGUAUAGAAUGUUCUGCAAAACCUCGAAUCAAUAUAUUUUAAAAAGUUGUUUGCCUUAUCAGUGCGGGUUCUAAUAGGUUUCUCUUCUGAUACAUCGCUUUGUAAAUGUAACAUCCAAAAAAUUUGACCGAAUUUGUCUCUUGUAAAUACUUCCGAAUAGAAUAGAAUUCUGCUGUAGAAUCUAAUCGACCAAUAUUCCACAAUACUUGCAACCAGCAUUGGUCCCAUUAAGAAUUACUCCAAUUAAAGCCAUAAAAAGUAAGUUGUGAAAUUUUACACAAGAAUAAUUAAUAUAUAUCAUACUUUUAGAUCAUAAAAUAACAGUUGUGCACACAAAAAUCAUGCUGCUAUAGCGGCGACACCGAUUUCUAGGACAAAACUGAAAUGCCACUAUGGCGGCACCGAAAGGGUUAAAUUUUACAAAUUGUUCUUAUCCGAAAUCUUAACCUCAAUCAGUAAAAAUAUUUAAAAUCGAUAUUUCAUUUAUUAUUAAAUUUUAAUUUCAGUAAUUUAAUGUGCGUAUUAUCGGCAAAAUUUAGGCAAGUAUCAAGUGCCAAAAACAAUUUCUUUUUUUUCAUACACCUAUAAUUGGCAUUGUAUUGGCUAUAACAAGGUAGUAAACAUUACAUCGUCUUAGCUACUUUGACCUAGUUCAAUCAUGAUUUCAGUCGAGACAAGCCGAAAUUGUUAUGUCUGCAAGAAAUUAUUCUGUUGUGCAAAGUGCCGUGAACGACACGAAGAAAACAAACACACAAAACGCUAUCCGAACUGUCCGUUCUGCAUGAAUCAGAAAUUUCCGUUGAAAUGCUUCGAAGAUAAGGCACUUGUUUCUCACAUAGUAGCUAGACAUCUACCUCUUUACUGUUACUUAUGCGGUGAAAUUUUCAAACAGAGCAAAGAUUUGGAAUCGUUGGGCACUUGCAAAUGGUGGAAAUCAAAGCAACGUCAUUCACUGGUGUCUGCACAAAAGUCCAUACUGGGUACACCACCUCUGGUUUCAGACGGAAAGGAACCAUCCCAAUUCGGCUCACUGACCUCACCCCCGGAACUUUAUCGAAAUACAAGCACGCCUAUGCUUGUCGACCAAAAGACGGGUUUCAACUUUAAAACGCCGAACGUUCCGAAUUUCUCCUUGAAAACGCCAAAAACUGAUUCCGCGUCGUUGAAGAAUUAUGAAGUUCAUGGCAGUUCACAAAGAAGCAGCUUGAAAUCCGAUGAUUCGAGCAAUUACGUGACUUGCCCGUCUGUGAAUAAUCACGAAGAAACCCCGUUCCGUACGUGGCCACCGGGCUAUGGAAGUAAAGAACUUCCCAGAAGUCUGGAAAUGAUGAAAGUCAAAAGUAAUAACGAUUCCAGCGAACAUUAUACAGACAAUAAUUGUGUGGAAGAUAUGGAAUUGACGGAUGUCGAGGGCGAAAUAUUGCCCAACUCUCAGAGUCUGGAAACAUGUCAAACAGAAAAACGACGAGACUCUUUAAAGAAAGUCCGAUUUUCUGAUCAACAUGAAACUCCAUCGGAACCUAACUCGAUAGCUGCUACUAUCAAUAUGACGGAGAACGAAGAAUAUUUCGAUACAUCCGAAAUGAAAGAGCCUUUGGAAGGCUCGGAGAUCAAAAUUUAUGAAGAUAAUGCGAAGAAUAUAGAGAAAGAAAAUCAUAAUCCAAACAGCAUGAAUGACGACGGACAACGGUCAGAUGAUUCUUCGCGGGUAUUGUUAAUGGUACUCGUGGAGAAUAAUUCUAAAAAGAAAACAACCGAUCUAAUAAAUUCUGGUUUAAAGAAACUAGAAAAUAUUGUUACAAAUAGAAAUCUUUUGGUCAAAAGUAACAGUUUUCCUGGCAGUAGUAACUCGAUAACAUCCAUCGAUAGUUAUUACAGUAUUUCUUGUCAAAAUUAUUACUCAUCGCCAAAUGAAUUGAGCAGUUCUGUCAAUAGAACUUCGAAUAGCAGUACCGAUAAUAACAGCUCCAGUGGAAUUUUUUCUAUGAUGGCUAAUGCAAUGAAAAGUGUCAUGAGAAGUUUCUCGGCAAUCGGUACCACUAAGAACAUUGAAAAACGACAAGUCUUUUCAAGAGAAGAUAACGCAUUAAUACCGUCUACGUCGGGAUUCAGUUCGAUGUCAAAUUUGGAAUCUAUCUCUUCACAAAGAGCGGGAAAACGACCACGAGAUGAUAUCGAAAAUGUGUCACUAUCGCAAAGAUCAACGGAGCAGGUUGAAUUGUUGAGUCCUGUCGCGAAACGACACCGUGGAUGGUACAGAAUUAAGGCGCGAGAACCGAUCGCGAGGAUGCGGCAACUUUCAUCUCAGCGAAGAGUAUCGUCCGAAACUCAAGUAUUUCAUCAGGGAUCGUUGUCGGUUGGCAAUACAGUUUUACCCCUACCUGAUAGAGCACACCAAUCUACACAAACCGAAUAAUAAUUGAAAUUCAAGUAAUUAAUUUUAUGAUACUACGUUUUAUCCGGAAACUAUUUUAUUUGAGAUGAGUCACUUUUUAAAUAGACAUGUUUGUAAAAUUGGACAUGUUUAAUAUAUCGCUUGAAAUGAUUGUAAUAUUUUAUUUUGUGAUUGUAUCAUUUAAUUAAUUUCGUGGAUUAUUC